AUGGAUGUAUACAAGAUUAAUAUCAAGAAGAGCCAGAUAGACGGAUUUACUCAGUCUGCUCUCAUGCAUCUCAGAGAGGGAUUUGAUACAGAUGACGAUCCUGACAACUUGAACAUAGACAUUCUUGAUGAUCUUGAUGAUGACCUGGAUGAUUUCACCGAGACAUCUGAUGAUAUAUGGACAAACUCCCCUGAGCUCACUGUGAUCCCAUUGCCAUCAAACCUUGGGGUGAUGUCAGUGCAGCAGGUGGUGUCCCUCCAUGCCAGUAUAUAUACCAAGACCUGGAAGCAAAUGAUGAAACUUGAGCCCAGGAAAGACCAGCUUGAGAAAUACAAACACCUGCUGCGUGAUCAGCUAAAAAUCAGCACUGCUGUCAGAGAUCCAAAUGCCCGAGGUCAGCGAAACAAGUCCCUCGCUUGGUUCUGGUCUGUCGAAGUAGAGUUGGGGGGUCCUAAUCAAUUAUGGAAUGAGGAAUGUCAUGCAUCUUACUCCGGAAGGCAAUCCAGAAUGUAUUCAUUACUGGCACAGGAUGCCCAGGCAGCAUUUCAAGACCUGCAGACCAUGCUGAUAGAUGCUUUAGAUGAAAGUCUCGGGAAUUGGCCAGUUGGAGGCUUUAAACAACAAUGUUCCUUCUUCGGCUCAGAUCAUGCACUUCAAAGCCAGGUUGCAAUGGGAGAUAACUACUUUUGUGACACCGAUCCUGCAUUACUCAGCUGCAAGGAACAUCAUUUUGGUGAUUCCCAGGCCAGUCGCUCAUAUUCUUCAGUUGGUUCCCGGGCACACGUGGAAUAUGGUUCUGGACCACAUCUUUUCAUCCCACCUAUGGUGAUGGGACUGAGGUGGAUUAGAGAACACCUCCUGACAUUGCUUGAGGAGCCACAGGCAGGCAUCUGUGAUAAGAUGACAGAGAUGCAGAUGUAUGCCACCAUCCUAGACAGAUUGAAGAUAGGCAAGGGAGAGCAGCCCUAG